AAUAUCUAGACACACUCUUCGCCAGCUGAUUUCUAACAGUGCGGACGUGUACAUUAAUUUUAAUCGCUGGCGUGCUUUAUUUUCCCCAUCGGAUAAUUUCAACUCGCUCUUAUUACGGUAUAGGAAUUGCAAAGAAAAAUGGCAACCGUUGAGGAACUGAAGCUGCGAAUCCGUGAGUUAGAAAACGAACUAAUUAAAUCCAAACAGAAGCAAAGUGAUGCUGAACAUCACCUCAGACCAAAAAUUGAUAAAAUGAGUGCUGAAGUCGUAGACUCGAACCCAUAUAGUCGUCUAAUGGCACUCAAAAGGAUGGGCAUAGUUCAAGACUACGAGAAAAUCCGCUCGUAUGCUGUGGCAGUGGUGGGAGUUGGAGGAGUGGGGAGUGUCACUGCAGAAAUGCUCACCAGAUGUGGCAUUGGUAAGUUGCUGCUGUUCGACUAUGAUAAGGUGGAGUUGGCCAACAUGAACCGGCUCUUCUUCCAGCCACACCAGGCAGGGCUCAGUAAAGUUGAGGCUGCAGAACACACUCUUAGGAACAUUAAUCCAGAUGUUGCUUUUGAGACCCACAAUUACAACAUCACCACGAUGGACAACUUCACGCAUUUCAUGGACCGCAUUAGCCAUGGAGGACUUGAGGAGGGGAAGCCUGUGGAUUUGGUCCUCAGUUGUGUUGACAACUUCGAGGCUCGGAUGGCUAUUAAUACUGCAUGUAAUGAGCUGGGUCGGAUCUGGAUGGAGUCAGGCGUCAGUGAGAAUGCCGUUUCUGGACACAUCCAGCUCAUCGUCCCUGGAGAAACUGCUUGUUUCGCUUGUGCACCUCCUCUCGUAGUGGCUGCAAAUAUCGACGAGAAGACACUGAAGAGAGAUGGGGUUUGUGCUGCCAGUCUGCCCACCACAAUGGGAGUAGUCGCUGGGCUCCUUGUGCAGAAUGUCCUGAAGUAUUUGCUGGGGUUUGGGACCGUGAGUUAUUACCUGGGCUACAAUGCCAUGCAGGAUUUCUUCCCAAGCAUGACAAUGAAGGCCAACCCACAGUGUGACGACAGACACUGCAGACGACAGCAGGACGAGUACAAGAAAAAAGAAGCAGAGCGACCAAAGCAGGAAGUAUUACAGGAAGAAGAGGAAGUGGUGCACGAGGACAAUGAAUGGGGCAUUGAGCUGGUGUCUGAGGUGUCAGAGGCAGAGCUUCAGGACGCAUCAGGACCGGUACCAGAUCUGCCCGAGGGCAUUACCGUAGCCUACACCAUACCUGAGAAAGAUGGAGCAUCAGGGAGACGGUGGAGAAACGGAUCAGAGUUUAGAAGAGCUAAUGGCUCAGAUGAGAAAGAUGUAAGGAACAACAAACAAAAGGAAAAUGACGUCCUUGAACUCAGAAGAAACUAA